ACUCGGACCCAUUCCUACCGGCGUAGUCCUGUUGCGAAACAGACUCAACACACUCCCCAACUCGAGCUGGUACAGAUUUGCGCCAGAAACGAGGCUCCUGGUGCUCAAAGAGCUUUGGAGCAGCUUCUGGGGACCAUUUGGAUCAUGGUUCGACGAUGAUAACGACGACAUCAAGGAGUGCUUUGAGUUGGAGGGCAGUCUGACUAAAGCACAGAAGAAGGUGCACUCCGGCGUUGUGGACGAGGAGAGGGAAGUCGUAGGAACUGGCAAGUGCUGCGAAUAUAUAUUUGAAAAGGGGGACGUUGGGUAUCGUUGCAAGGAUUGCGCGAUGGACGAUACUUGCGUCAUGUGCUCUCGAUGUUUCGAGGCCUCGGAUCAUAUAGGCCAUAUUGUUACCUUCCAUGUUGCGCAUCAUGCCGGUGGGUAUUGCGACUGUGGGGAAAAUGAGUGCUGGCGCAUCCCAUCAACCUGUCGACUGCAUUGUGCCUCGUCUGAGCCCAGCACGGGCCCCUCACUUCCGGGCGCUUACAUUCCCACGGACGCGUUCAACUCAGCCCUGCCAUCAUCUGGUAGUCAAAUACCUGAAGGCUUGCGACAAUGUAUGGUCCAUACUGUCGCGUUCGCCAUUGAUUAUAUGCUGGAUGUGCUUGACCUUGCUCCUGAUGAUACUGCUUCCCCAAACACCGAGGCCGACAUUACCAAAUCCUCGACCAGCGACGCUCUCGCUGCCAGCGUUUUUGGUUCCCCAGCAAGUAAUGGCAUUCAAUCUCCCUUUGCUCCUUUUAGCACGUCACCGACACGAACCAAUCCUGCAGCCGGUUUGUUCGGGACUUCACCACCCACUUCACAGCCGCCAGGCACAAGACCUGACGUGCAGUAUGCUGUCGUAGUAUGGAAUGACGAAAAACACAGCUUUCAAGAAGUUAUCGACGUAUUACAGGAUGCAACAGGUUGUGAUCUAGACACUGCGAAACAAUGGACGAGCCGGAUUCAUACGAUGGGCCGUGCUAUUAUUGAUCGGUCGAAUGAUCCUGCGCGAGCUCUGUACAUCGCGAGACAAAUUGCUCUUGUGGAUCUCGGAGUCACCGUACGACGCGCAUCGGACACAUUCAGAGAAGAGGUCGCCGCUACCAUCAUCGAAUGGCUGGUCGACUUAACUACCGCCCGACUCGGUGGCCAUUCCCACGCAACCCGCGAGAUUCUGCUGCAGGCACUGUUUGCUCCCCGCCCGAUGUCUAGCAGUGCCCUUUCUGCUCAUGGACAAGCCGCUGCUUUGGGAAACCACUUUGUCGACUACGACGGUUUGCUGUCCAAACGUAUGCCCCUUACUCGGAUCGAAUACGGAUUCUGUUACCACACGAAAUUAUGGAGGGGACCCAGGUUGAUGCUGAAGCAAGUCUAUGUCAGCCUGUUCAGAGUGUCCCCCACCGUUCGUGUCCACAUGGCCACGUUGUACGCACAAGUAUAUCACAACAUCGUCAACGACUACCUUCUCGUAGAUCGAGAAGCGGAAACAUCCAUGCGUACCUUUUCCGACCAGCUCUUUUCCGUGCCUACCGUCGCAUAUCGCCUCGUCGGCACGACUCCUCUCCCGCAGCGCAUCCUCGGUUUGCUCAUGUCCUUCUUCACCAACCAACUUUCCGACGGUGGAAAAUGUGUUCUCCUUCCCCCCCGACUGAACGUUGAACCGGACGUCAACUCGUUCCCAUUCCGAUCCAAACGCUUCAUGCCGUUGUUCAAUGACAUGCGCGCCCUUUGCGCUGCUAGUCCUAUCGCUGCGUCAGGGGACAGUGCUGCCCGCGUCCUUAUCACCGACUUUAAGCUCCUUGGUGCCAUGUGCGACCUGUGUGACAUGUUUUCUGGCAUCAAUCCCAAUACGCGACAGGCGCAGGCUCACGUUGAGUACGAGACGGACGCGUGGGUGAGCGUGUUUAACGUCAUGCUGUGCCUCGCCCGGUUGAUAAGGGCAUUCGGCGAGAUGUAUGCGCAGACCCAAGCAAAGGAUCUGUCAAUGUAUUAUCAAGCCAUCGCCUACACACUCCAGCGGGCCUUGGUAGUAUCCAAAAAGCACCUGGAGAUUUCCGGGCGAGCCAAGACUGGACUUGGCAACUUCCAUCAAGUAGCAUUUGGAGGUCCUACCAAGGAGCUAGUGCGAUUUGACGUAAUGGAGGGAUAUGUCAGCUUCCAUCAUCCUCUUCAUUGGUUCCUCGCCGAAUUGCUCAAACACGUCAAGUUGCUGGGGGACGAGUCCAUGGCGCAGGCUGAAUACGGCAGUCUCCGUACCCUGGUGCUGUCCAAAGUCGAGGGCCACAAUUUCUUGGUGAUCAUUGAAUUCCCACUACGAGUGCUUGCCAUGGUGGCUCAGGUUCGCUCUGGUCUGUGGGUUCGCAAUGGGUUCGCAAUUCGGGGACAGUUAAUUCACUACCGCGACUUCAUGCUUCGGGAGCUGUGCUACGAUCAAGACCUCUUUUUGGUUCAAUGUGGCCUUGCUCUUCUUGAGCCGCAGCUGGUUCUCACUUCUAUCAUCGACCGAUUCCACCUUCUCGCAUGGUUCUGUGGCCGAACGGCGCACGAUAAGUAUGAUAGUGGCCAGCUUGGUACGAUGCUUGAGGAGUUUUUCUAUGUGCUUCUCUUCUGUCUGGGUGAGAUGUGCUUCGUCAACGGUCUCACAGAACCGGAACAAACUCGACGCGAGGUCAUCCAUGCUCUAGCUCUUGGACCCUGCAGCUACACCGAAUUGACUAAGCGGGUGACAGACCGAAUUAUGGAAGCAAAGUCUUUCGAGAGGAGUCUGAUGGCAGUGGCGCACUACAAACCACCAGUGACGCUCAGCGAUGUCGGCACGUACGAGCUGCAUGACGAAUUCUUCGACACAGUAGAUCACUUCUACUUCCACUACACGAGGAAUCGGCGCGAAGAGAUCGAGGGUAUACUCAAAGCUCGCCUGAAGAAAGAAACCAAUGUCGAUAACCCCGUACUGGUACCUAAGCCAUUGAACAUCAAGCGAAAUGGACCGUACGCAGGCAUUUCCGCCGUCUUCGCCAGCGAGAUCCUCGUUCAAGUUCUCUUCUAUGGUCUCAGCAACUUCAUGCCCACCUUGACAGUUCCGGCAAGCUCUAUGCCGACGUAUGCCGAUGUUGUCAUUGAUCAGACGUUGCACCUGAUCAUGUUAGCACUCGUUGAAGCACCAGAAUACUUUCCUGAGAUAGCCGCUCGCAAGACCUUUACCAAUCGUCAGACUCUCGUCACGGUCCUUUGUGCGCUGGAAACAAUGGAUCGGUUCAAUACCUUUCAUCCACGAAUCACGUGGUGCUUGGAUGUUUUCCAACGACACACUCCGAACGAGCUGAAGCACCGACGGCAUGACGACGAUGGAACUUCACGGGCAGAGGAAUUGGAGGCUGCGAAGAAACGCGCAGCGAAAGCACGACAAGAAGCCAUCAUGAAGCAGUUCCAGGUGGCUCAGCAGACGUUCAAGCUUAAUAAUCUAGACAAUGAAGAGGAUGGCGAUGAUGCCCUAGAUGACUUUGAUAUGGACUAUAUGGAUGAUGAGGAGCCGCAAAAAUCUAUCGGGACUUGCAUCGUCUGCCAGGAAGAUCUCACUCCAGAAGCGGCAUUUGGACUGCUUUGUUCAGUCAUGCCAAGUCGGGCGAUUCGUACAACGCCCCCGCACAGCGUUGAAUGGCUCGAAGAUGCUCUAAGUGCUCCCUUGUCUUUGGAUCGCAACGUUCAAACAUCACCUGUUAGUCCCAUGCCGUCAGCCCGGAAAGGCAAAGGACCUCAGAUCGCGGAUUCGAGCAAUGACGAGAAGUGUGCUUUCUUCCCUCUCGGAAACACCAGAUACGGUCUAUAUGCGUCCGUUUGCGGUCACAUGAUGCAUGUGAAGUGCUUCAACGCUUACACCGAUUCUGUCGAACAUCGACAAGCGCACCACAGCACGCGAAACCACCCCGAAAACAUCUCCCGCAGGGAGUUCGUUUGCCCGCUGUGCAAGAGUUUGGGCAAUGCGCUUCUGCCUGUGCAGGAUUUCGACUGGAGCGAGACGUAUCACCAGGGAACCAAUAUGAAUUUGUCUGAUUGGAUUCGCCUACAACAGACGAACCUCCUCCGACAAUAUCAAGAUCGCUCGUUCGACAGCAUUCUUUGCAGCAACAGCACCGGAGAGUUCAGUUGCUGGAAUACAGAUGAUUCUGCUCUGACCCCUGGUUAUGGACUCAUUGAUGGCGAUUGGCAAUUGAGCGAGACCAUACAGACGAUAACUCAGUUCUACGGCAACUUGACGAAGCAUCUGAGACGACGCCUUCUGUCACCACAUCCUGGUGACGACAUCGGUGCAUAUCUACCAGACGAACUUGUAGUCUACACCCUUUCGAUGAUGGAAAUCGCCGUGCGAGGCGAAGGGGAAGCUAACAAAACCAUCGCGGAUUGUCUUACAGAGCGACAGAGCCGAGUCAUUCGAGGGCUGGUAUAUAUGCUCCGUACCCUCUCGAAUAGACCGAAUCCUGCUGCUCUUGACGGUGCUCGACAGCUAUUUACUCGGGCAAUCUGCAUGCGCAUUCUUCCCGACUGGGCGAGAGAGAGGUCUCUGAAUUCGCCGAUGCUACUCCGCGAUCCUCUUACCAUCCUCGUGGAAACUGCUGCCAUUGCUCCUGAGAUGUUGCACUACAUCGUCGUUCUAGUGUACCACGCAGCUCUGAUGCGCGCGUCUAUAGCGACCGUAUUGAUGCUGAAUCGACUGCCUGGUCGGCCGCAGAUUCCGGUGGAUGGACCGUACCAGGAGAUUUUCGGGACGUACACCCAAUAUAUCCCUAGCCUCGUACGUCAUUCACCACAGCUGCAACAACUUGCAGAGUAUACGUUGGUAUCUUUUGGCACGGAUCGAUUUCGGCAAUUACUGUACUCGUACACUCUUCCUUUCCUACGCAGGGCAGCCAUUCUAUUACGAGUGGUGCGGCCCUCACGUUUCGGCCCCAAGACGAUCACAAAUCCACAGCAAUCCGAAUACGAACGGCUACUAGACUUGAUGAACAUCCCUGCACCCAGCCGACUGCACGAGUCCGAAGCACUGACAACUUUAAUGGACGGCUGGACCGGACAUUACUGCUCAUAUUAUUCCUUCCGACCUGACCAUUUCGAAAUCAGACAGGAGCAUCCUGCUGUCUAUCGACUCACCCGUCUACCCGCAAGACUGGAUACCCUGUAUCACAAACCUCAACGCUUUCUGUGUAUGCGUUGUCGCACUGUGCCAAACGAUCCCGCCAUUUGCAUGUUCUGUGGUACCGUAUGUUGUGUACAGAGUUUUUGUUGCUCGGAUUCUAUAGCAGAGGCAGGAGAGUGCAACAUGCACAUGAGAGACUGCGGCGGCAUUGUUGGCAUGUUCUUCCUCGUCAAGAAGUGUGCGAUUCUGUAUUUACACGCUGGGAAUGGUUCAUUCGUCCAUGCCCCGUACGCCGACGAGCAUGGAGAAGUCGACUUCAAUCUAAGACGGGCACGACUACAACACCUCCACACCAUGCGAUAUGAGGACCUGCGUAAGCAGUGGCUGACGCACGGCAUCCCCGCGAUUGUGGCUCGCAAAUUGGAAGGGGCGAUCGACCAUGGAGGCUGGGGCACUCUGUAAGGUUUCUCAAUUGUAUUACCGUGUAUCAUGACUGUAUCCCAAGUGAUAUCACGCAUCAAA